AGUUCGGGUACGUAAUGUGUAGGUAUUCCGAGUGUCAGAGGAGAAGGGUAUGGUCGAAUGUAGUCUAUGUGGAGCGACAUGCCUGGUCUAAAACACAUAGCCGCGAUGGCAUUAAUAUCCCCAGAAGUGUUUGCUCAACAUUUUUAUCCAGCUUCUAUUUACUUUGAUACUUCCACUCCGGUACCCGGGCUUUCAGGUGGGGCUAUGUUCUACAUGUACCCGGCCAUCAUAGUCAUCACCUUCCUAAUAUGUUUAUGUUGUCUGCAUCAACUCAUACAUAUGUGCAGGGCACGGACAGCUAGAGGACAUCCAACACUAUCAACAAUAUCAGGAAGUAUACAAAACGGAUCACAUGGCGAACCGCCACCUCCAUAUACAUUCACAGACGUUCGAAUGGACGGAUCCUCAGCAGAACAACCAUCUACUAACUACCCAAUUUAUACUAAGAGCCCUCCAGCAAACUUAGAGCUGUCAUCAGUGUCACAGAACAAUUACAUAUAGUAUUUGGAGUAUCCAUUUAAAUCUUAUGAAGAUUUGCCUGUCAUUUUAUCAAUAAAACUAUAAUCAUGUUAUCUUUAUGCGUGACCUAUUAUGUAAUAAACAGAAAAAAAAACAUUUUA